ACCUCAUGUUAUGACUGCUAACCCACCGCUUGCUAUAAAUUAUGAUGUACUGAGCAACUCUUCUUCCACAAGUCCAAAAAUUCCAAUAGAAGCUAAUUGGAUUCUCUAUCCAUGUUUCUUCACUUGCAAAGUCUCACAAAACCAAGUCUCUGGAAGUCAGCUAAAUGUUCCUGUGCAUGUUUAUGAAUAUCUCCGCGACACACAAGCUUACAAAUGGACUUUGAGAGGACCUACUGGGAUGCAGGUGGAAUGUUCUAUCCUUGGCGUGCCUCAGAGAAAGUAUGCCAAGUUUGGUAGGGGUUGGAAGUCGUUCUGCACCUCACAUGAUUUAAAAGCUGGAGAUGUGUUGUCAUUUUUCCUAACCAGUGAAGUUCUCGCUUUUGUUGAUGUUUUAAUCCACGACAAGAAGUGAAACAAUGCUGUUGUACGUUUUUUAUUAACUUCCUGGUUGUAUUAAUUUGUUUGACUGUUUCUAUCAAGUAUUGGACAAAUGUUCUAUUUUAAUUAAUUUUUAUGGCA